AUGGUCGUUCAUUACGGAAAUGGAGCAAUUAAAAACAAACAAAAAACAUUUAUACUCAAGCCUUAGGGUUUAAAAAUGAAAGCGAUGGUAGGGGGUUGUUGUGUAUGCUCUGACGAGCGUGGAUGGGCCGAAAAUCCUCUUGUUUAUUGUGAUGGACAUGGUUGCAACGUAGCCGUUCACCAAGCUUGUUAUGGAAUUGUUCAAGUACCCAAUGGACCAUGGUAUUGUAGGAAAUGUGAAAGUCAAGAGAGACAAGCUAGAGUGAAAUGUGAACUUUGUCCCCAAAAAGAUGGUGCCUUGAAACGAACUGACACUGGAGGCUGGUGUCAUGUUGUUUGUGCUUUGUUCAUUCCCGAGGCUUGGUUUUCUAAUGUGCAGACCAUGGAGCCGAUCGUACUCAAAAAUGUUCCAGGAGAUCGCUUUAAUAAGAUUUGCUAUAUAUGUGAGGAGCAUGGGCGUGAGACGAGAGCCACGAGUGGAUCUUGUAUGACGUGUAACAAGAACGGAUGUAAACAGAACUUUCAUGUCACUUGUGCGCAAAGUCAAGGUUUACUCUGUGAAGAGGCGGGUAACUAUGGCGACAAUGUGAAAUACUGUGGCUACUGUGUGUAUCACUAUAAGAAGUUGAAUGUGAGGAUGAAGAAUUCCGAUGUUAUGGAUCCCGCGUUUUGUGGUAGGAAUAAUCUUGGCUCGUGUGGGAGUCAGCCUGACAAGCCCCGCCCACAGAUGACCUCUCCCCAGUCGACCCUGAAUACCACUGCUAACUCAGACUCCUCCCUCAAGUCUCCCGACUUCGUUGGUUUCACAGAAGCCGACAUUAAAAACCAUGUGACAAACGGCUCAAUGAUGGAAAUCAAAUUCGAUCCUGGGUUGAUGACAACGUCAGUGUCAGUUGUAUCAACAACAGCUACUUCGUCAACGUUAUCCAGCAUGUCGAUUGCUGAUCAGAAGUUAAUCUACGAUGCACGGUUCAAAGUUUCGGAGGCGAGUUCGGGAAUGUUUUCUUCGUUUGAGAAAUCUGCGAGUCCGCAGACGAGUGCUAGCGAACGGUCGAGUCCUGCCCAUGAGGAGACGGCGGUGUUCCCUGCUUCUUUCGACAAGUUUGUCACUAAUGGACCAACGACGUCGAUGGAAGAUGCUGCAACGUCAACCAAUAAAACUAGUGACCAGGAACUGUAUGGCCCCAAGAGACAGAGAUCGAGAUCUCAAGAGACGGUGGAGAAGAAGAAGGCGAAGCGAGGUAAACAGAUGCAGGCGUCUGUAGGGAAGAUGAAAUCCAGCAAGGAGGGCUCGGGGAAAACAGUUCUCACGCUCGGGGCCAAGAAACACUCACAGAAGAGGAAGAACGGAACGUCGGGAAAUUCAGUACAACCGCCGGGUUUGAGUAGUACCAGUGUGUUCGGAGGUUCCCCAUAUUUCCAGAGUCUGACUGCUCCUGGGCCAGUCUCACUUUCCACUCAGGGUUCGACGAUGACGGCGUCAUCACGGCUAGUGACGUGUGCUGGUGACGCGAGUAGCACCGCAGACUCGCUCGAUAUGGUGAACGGUAUCACGGGCUUCGUGAGUCCACCAAAGAUCUUUCCGUCUCAACAGAAGUCACCUGAUCCUUCAGGGUUUCCACAAUCCAUGGAGCAGCUGUUGGAGAGGCAAUGGGAGCAGGGAUCACAAUUUCUCAUGGAGCAGGGCCAACAUUUUGACAUUGCGUCGCUGCUGAACUGUCUGAACCAGCUAAAGUGUGAGAACCAGAAGUUGGAGGAGUACGUGAAGAACCUGACUGAUCGCCGCGACCACCUGCUGACGGUGAACGCCCGACUCUCACUUCCCUUCUCCAAUAUGAACACCAUCUCUGCAUCCCUGCCAGACUCCACAGAACACAAGGACUCUGGGUGCCCUAGUUUAAGUCCAGCAAAUCCCGACAGUGUUGCCAGCUCAGCAGAAUCUGAAUCUCCGAGUGUGGACACAAAUUCCAAAAUGUUAACCGAUGGACCACUGCACACAGUCUCCGACACAGCCAGUUUAAUUCGGGACCCCCAGUCUCAAGUGCUGUAUUCCAGUGUUCCAUCUUCGAACUCGCCAUCAUCUUUGUCAUCUUUGUCAUCGAAUCCCCCGUUCACCUCCCAAACUCACACCAGCAGUGUUAGUGCUAUCAGAGACUUACAGACCAAGGACAAGACGUGAUA